CCUCCUCCCCCUCCACCACCCCCACCUCCAGCACCACCUGCUUCUGGAGGGCCAUUUCUGGCAAGUACAGAACCACCAAAACCGAGAAAAGAAGAUCAAAAAGCUCGAAGUGCAUUGCUUGCUGAUAUUCAGCACGGGACUCGCUUAAGGAAAGUAGCACGAAUCAAUGACAGAAGUGCACCACAAAUUGAAAAAUCCAAAGGGCCAAACAGAGAUGGAGGUAGCUCAGCAAAUACCAGAAGUGCCCAGCCAUCAUUGGGUGGUCUCUUUGCUGGUGGCUUUCCUGUUCUGAGACCAGCAGGCCAAAGAGACAUGACAGCUGGCAAGGCUGGACAGCUACCUGGAGUGCAAGCCCCUCUUCCCAGGCCGCUGUCUCCAAUGAACAAUAACAUGAAGACAUGCAGUAACCUUUCAAAUCCACCUGAUGGUGCAAAAGCAGCAAACCCAUGGGAGCCAGCUAGCGCUCUGCGGGCAGGACCAACUCGGCCCAGCCUGCCUACCCCUCCACUGCCACCACCUCCCUCCAGCAAACCUUCCCUCACUUUCCCAUCUCCUCCAUCUCACCCUCCUCCUACAGACAGGCCUGCAAAAUUGACACCCCAGAAUUUUGUUUCUCCUCCCCUGCCACCUCCCCCACCUCAGUGUGACAAGCCUGCUAAAUUUCAAGCAUCAGCUUUCCAUCCUCCCCCUCCACCACCUCCUCUGCCCCUAACACCACCCUAUGGACUUCCAGUCAAAAAUGAUCUUUCUAGCUCUUCUCCUUCCCCUCAGCCUGAACUAAGGGACUAUCUGCAUCCCACUCCACCCCCACCCCCGCCUCCACUGUUUCCUCCUUAUACUUCCUCCUCAACCAAGCCAUCCUUGCCACUGCUGCCCUCACCUGCCCCCUCCAGAGAUAUAAACAGCAGUGAUGUGCCACCUCCACUGCCACCCAAAUCUCCAUACUUGCUGUCCCAGUUUCAAAAGCCAAAUAUUCAGUCCAUGCCUCCUGAACUAAGGGACUAUCUGCAUCCCACUCCACCCCCACCCCCGCCUCCACUGUUUCCUCCUUAUACUUCCUCCUCAACCAAGCCAUCCUUGCCACUGCUGCCCUCACCUGCCCCCUCCAGAGAUAUAAACAGCAGUGAUGUGCCACCUCCACUGCCACCCAAAUCUCCAUACUUGCUGUCCCAGUUUCAAAAGCCAAAUAUUCAGUCCAUGCCUCUCCCUCCCACCCCACCUUUCCCUCAGCCAUCUGCAGCAGCGCAGAAGAGGAGGCCAGGCAGAGUUGCAGUGUCUGGCGUUGGGAAGUUACCUCUACCUCCGCAGCCUCCAGCAAGAUCACCAACAACUGAACUUACAAGCAAGUCUCCAUAUGCCCAGGCUGGACCCUGGCCAGCACGUGAACCCUCUCCACAGUUUAGAAAUGGAAACAUGCCCAUCGUUGAUGAUUUUGAAUCUAAAUUUACUUUUCAUUCUGUGGAAGAUUUCCCCCCUCCUGAUGAAUUCAAGCCAUUUCAGAGAAUAUAUCCCAGCAAGGAGCCUAGGGAUGCCCCUAAAAAUCCUCUGCUAAGAACACAUGUGAGAUGAGAUGAUUCUUCGAAAAGGAUCUUUGGGUCAGUACUGCAAAGAAGAAUGGAGGAUCCCAAAAUCAAAUUAUGAAACGGAGGAGGCUUUGUUAGCUUAACAGAGAUUUGCUUGAAUCAAGUACUGCAGUUCCAUGCCUAAUUUGGUAUUUUUAAAACUGGAAAAGUAGUAAUAAUUAUGCACUCUCAGAACUGGCCUCAUCACUAUAUGAGACUGUAUGGGAAAUCUAAAUGCUAAAACCCUGAAACAAAGUAUAUGAAAAGCAUUCAAUUUCUGAUUGUGCUUAUUAUAUACUACUUAUUCCAGUCUUGGGCAAGAGGUGUCAUCUCAAACAGUAUUUCUUGCAUGAAAUACCCUCAGGUUUUUUUCUUAAGUAUUUCCAGAAUUGCUCCACACAGUUUGAUCUUAUAUUUUAAUUAUUUUUCACUUGGUUAACUAA